CAGACCUACCCUGACUUUCACUAGGACUCACCUCUCACAUUCCAGAAAACAUGACCCUCGCGGCCUACAAAGAGAAGAUGAAGGAGCUCCCGCUGGUGUCCUUGUUCUGCCCCUGUUUCCUGGCAGACCCCCUGAAUAAGUCAUCCUAUAAAUAUGAAGGCUGGUGUGGGAGAGAGUGUAGGAGAAAAGAUGAAAGCCAGCGGAGAGACAGUACUGACUGGAGAGAAAGAAGAGAGCAGGCAGACACGGUGGACCUGAACUGGUGUGUCAUUUCCGACAUGGAAGUCAUCGAGCUGAACAAAUGCACCUCUGGCCAGUCCUUUGAAGUCAUCCUGAAGCCACCCUCCUUUGAUGGGGUGCCCGAGUUCAAUGCCUCCCUCCCCAGGAGGCGAGACCCAUCACUGGAAGAAAUCCAGAAGAAACUGGAAGCGGCUGAGGAGCGAAGGAAGUACCAGGAAGCUGAGCUUCUGAAGCACCUGGCAGAGAAGCGAGAACAUGAGCGGGAGGUGAUCCAAAAAGCCAUUGAGGAAAACAACAACUUCAUCAAGAUGGCAAAGGAAAAACUGGCUCAGAAGAUGGAGUCCAAUAAGGAGAACCGGGAGGCCCACCUUGCCGCCAUGUUGGAACGGCUGCAAGAGAAGGACAAGCACGCGGAGGAGGUGCGGAAAAACAAGGAGCUGAAGGAGGAGGCCUCCCGGUAA